CCGGUUAACCAUUGUUUCAUCACAACCCAAACACAACAUGGGUUUUGUUGUCUUCUACUCGUUAACAUUCUUCUUCGCAAAUUUCGGGCCCAAUGCGACAACAUUCGUCGUCCCAGCAGAGAUUUUCCGGGCCCGGUUGAGAUCAACUUGUCAUGGGAUAUCCGCAGCGUCAGGGAAACUCGGGGCGAUAGUUGGGGCUUUCGGGUUCUUUUACUUGGCUCAAAAUAAAGAUCCUGCUAAGGCGGAUCACGGGUAUCCACCGGGCAUAGGAGUAAAGAACUCAUUGAUUGUGUUGGGUGUGAUUAACUUGUUGGGGAUAUUGUGUACAUUUCUGGUGCCGGAAUCAAACGGGAAAUCACUUGAGGAAAUGUCUGGUGAGAAUGAAGAAGAAACCGGUGAGACCAGAGCCUAA